AUGAUGCAGGACAUAUGGGCGACAGGAAUAGGUUGGGAUGACCCGAUCCCCGAAAAAGUUUUGAUGCAGUGGAAAAAAUGGGUUGGACUCAUCCCGAAGCUGAGCACCCUCCGCGUUCCUCGUUGCUACCUCAGCGGAGCUAAAGAAAACAGCUAUACCAAUUUGCAGGUGCACGCGUUCGUCGAUGCAAGCCAGUCUGCGUACUCAUGCGCGGUAUUUUUCCGGGUGGAUACACCAGAAGGUCCUGCUGUAAGUCUUGUAGGAGCGAAAUCUAAAGUUGCACCGCUGAAGAUGCUAUCGAUUCCCCGUCUCGUACUCCAAGCUGCAGUUCUGGGAUGUCGUUUGCUCAACAGCAUAAUAGCAAUGCACGCACUGCCUGUGACGAAGCGUGUCCUGUGGUCUGAUUCCAAUACCGUUCUCGCUUGGAUUCGGUCAGACCAGCGGCGAUACAAUCAAUAUGUUGGCUUCAGAGUCGGAGAAAUUCUUUCGAUGACGGACGUCAACGAGUGGCGGAAAGUACCUACAAAGGAGAAUGUUGCUGAUGACGCGACGAAAUGGGGAACUGGACCGGACAUCAGGACGGAGAACAGGUGGUUCCAAGGACCGGCAUUCCUCAAACAGCCGGAAUCAUCUUGGCCAGGAGAAAUUGAGCAGAUUCUUUCUACGGAGGAGGAGCUGGUGGCGUGCAAUGUUCACGAAGAAAUACCGACGGGGUUGCUGGACAUUGCUAGGUUCAGUAAAUGGGAGAAACUACAUCGUACCAUGACAUACGUUCAACGAUUUAUUGACAAUAUACGGCGAUCUCGACGGAAUCAAGAGCGGAACCUGGGGGUUCUGAUGCAGGAGGAGCUGUUGGCGGCCGAAAGAUCGCUGUGGAUGCAAGCGCAAGCGGAGUGCUUCUCCCUAGAAGUACUGAUGUUGCAAAAGACAAAAAGGAGUUCAAAAGAUAUUGAUGGAGUCCUACCAAAAUCAAGCGUACUGUAUAAGAUCUGUCCAUUCAUUGAUGACACAGGAGUGAUGCGGAAACGAAGUCGCUUCGGGAAUGCUGAUUGGAUGCCGUUCCACAACAAGUAUCCGGUAAUUCUUCCUCGACAACAUCGCAUAACAUUUCUACUCGUUGAUUAUUACCACCGCAGGCUGCAACACCGCAAUCGUGAAACGAUUGUCAAUGAGAUGCGGCAACUCUACGAGAUUCCUAAACUAAGAUCAGUGGUGUUUAAGGUGGCAGAUACCUGCAUGACGUGCCGAAUUCGCCGAGCUAUUCCUAGUCCACCCCCUAUGGCACCGCUGCCGAAGGUCCGAGUGACGCCCUAUGUCCGACCGUUUACAUUCGUAGGUGUCGACUAUUUUGGUCCGGUGCUAGUAAAAGUCGGACGCAGCAAUGUCAAGCGGUGGAUAGCGCUUUUCACAUGCUUAACAAUUCGUGCGGUGCACCUGGAAGUUGUGCACAGUUUAUCCAAGGAGUCUUGUGUAAUGGCGGUGAGGAGAUUCGUGUCGCGACGCGGGGCACCGGCUGAAAUAUUUAGCGACAACGGUACAAACUUUCUUGGCGCAAGCAAUCAGCUCAUGCAGGAGUGUGACGAUCUGACUCAACACCUAGCAUCUACAUUCACCAACGCCACAACCCGGUGGUCUUUCAAUCCCCCCGAAGCCCCUCACAUGGGUGGGGCUUGGGAACGGAUGGUCCGAUCAGUCAAAGUAGCAGUCGGAGGCUUGCUAGACGCACAACGACGGCCAGAUGAUGAGGUCUUGGAAACGGUUAUGAUCGAGGCAGAAGCGAUGAUCAACUCGCGUCCAUUGACGUACAUACCAUUGGAGUCCGCGGAUGAGGAGUCUUUGACUCCGAACCACUUUCUGUUGGGAAACUCGAGCGGAGUGAAGCAAAUGCCGGUGAUGCCAACGGACUAUCAAGCGACACUGAGGAACAGUUGGAAGUUGGCACAGCACUUGUCAGAUGGAAUAUGGCGACGAUGGAUUCAAGAAUACUUGCCGGUGAUUUCAAGAAGAUCGAAAUGGUUCGAUGAAGUCAAGGAAAUAGCGGAAGGAGAUCUAGUGCUGGUCGUUGAUGGUGCGGUACGGAACCAGUGGAUAAGAGGAAGGGUUGAGAAAAUUGUGCGCGGCAGAGAUAGACGAGUACGACAAGCAUGGGUUCAGACUGCGAAUGGUACACUGCGGAGACCAGUAGUCAAGCUGGCUUUACUCGACGUCGAAGUUGAAGCUAAACCGGAAGCUGGACAGGAUGGUUUACGGGUGGGGGGAUGUGACGACGAGUACCCCUCGGCACGUAACGGACAAAAAUUACGAUAG